AUGCAACUCAGACUUGGAAUUUCUCGCAUACCCCAACAGACAGAGUCGUUGUUGGAGCUCAGAAGGAGAAGCUUCGCUGCUAAAGUAGCGGAACGAGCAACAUACAAACUGAACCAUGAUAGAGACGUUUCUCGAAAACAUUUGGCUGACUCGAUGUGCCCGCUGCGAGAUAUUUCGUGCAAGUCGUCCAAAUACCGUACCAUCACCGGAACGUGCAACAAUGUCUUCAGUCCUCACGAUGGAGCUUCGAUGAGUGCUUUUCAUCGAAUGAUCCCUCCUGACUAUGACGAUGGCAUUUCGAGCUACAGAACUUCCGUGACCGGCAAACCUUUACCUGAUCCCAAGUUUCGUGGCGAAGUCACUAGCCGGGUAAGUUAA